ACCCGCAGCGCUCCGCGGCGGUGAUGGACCGCGACCGCAACAAGACGCUGCUGCUGGAGCUGCUGAAGGUCGCCGGGAACGGCCGCUGCGCCGACUGCGGGGAAUCGGAUCCAGAGUGGGCUUCUUACAAACUUGGAAUAUUCAUUUGUUUGAUGUGCUCCGGAAUCCAUCGCAAUCUUCCUCAAGUCAGCAGGGUCAAAUCCCUUUGGCUUGACUUCUGGGAGAACGAUCUCAUAGAGUUUAUGAAGAAGCAUGGGAAUCUCUGUGCCAAAGCUAAAUAUGAAGCAAAAGUUCCUCCCUAUUAUUACAUCCCCCAGUCCUGCGAUUGCUUGGUUUUAAGAGAACAAUGGAUUAGAGCUAAAUAUGAGCGUGAGGAAUUUGUUGCCACCCGAGUCUGCCAAGAUCCUUGUUCUGCAGGUAGCCGUGAAGGAUUCCUCUGGAAGCGUGGAAGGGAAAGCAAACAGUUCAAGCAGAGGCGGUUUCUCCUGUCAGCAAGGGAAGGGGUGUUGAAGUACUACACUAAAGAACCCAAAGGUCCAAAAGCUGUUAUCAGCAUUGAGAAACUGAAUGUGAUGUUCCAGGCAGAGAAGAUCCAACAUGCUCACGGGCUGCAGAUCACAUACAAGACAGACGGUCAAACAAGGAACCUUUUUGUCUAUCAUGAAAGCGGAAAGGAGAUUGUUGACUGGUUCAAUGCCAUUCGAGCAGCACGUUACCAUUAUCUCAGAACAACCUUCCCAGCUCUCCCUGAGCAUGAGAUCAUACCCCGGAUCACAAGAAAUUAUAUCAAAGAAGGAUAUAUGGAGAAAACAGGACCAAAGCAGAAGGAGACCUUUAAGAUGCGCUGGUUCAGCCUAGACUCUGAAGAGAGGAACCUGCUGUACUUUAAAAACCCACUGGAUGCAUUUCCACAAGGCCAAGUUUUUAUUGGAAGGAGAGUUGAGGGCUAUGAAGUACGAGCUGGCUUGCCCCAGGGAAUAUCUGUAAAGAAGAGGAAAUCAGGGAUCACCAUGGUCACGCCAGCGAGAGACUUUUUGUUUCUGUGUGAGAACGAUAAGGAGCAGAGGGAGUGGAUAGAUGCCUUAAAUGGAGUGAUUGCCCAGCCCUUGUCCGGUUGAGACUAACACUGAGUUCUGGUGAACUGCCCUUCUUGCGCUCUGUUUGGCACUGGUCUGCAUCCUCUUUUUGUCAGCAGGGAUGGUGCUCAAGCCCAUUCAGUGACUGUACUACAAAGGGCUUCUUCCUUCAACAGCUACAGGUGCAGGAAGGUGGCAAAAUAAAUGAGGGGAAUGCAGAUAUUCAGAAAUUAUCUGUGUCCCUUCUUUUGAAGUGCAUUCACCCUUCCUUAUGGUCUCUGCUUUUGAGCAGAUGAGGCCUUCCCAGGCUGAUGUAGGGAUAAAGUAACUAUUGUUAUACAGAAAAAGAAACAAAGUCAGCAUAGAAAGUUUGACCACAGAGGACUGGCAUGAAUUUCCUUGAGGAUUCCUAAGACUGUACUUGACAAUGCAGCCAUGGCAUAUAUUAUGACAGUAAAUGUGACCAUCUGUUAUAUGCGUGCAGAGAACAAGUGACCAAGAGGCAAAGACAUCACCACCUACCAGGACAAUGCAGCAUGUCCUGUUGGAUAGAUGAAAGGUAAAAAUACAUGCUGGAAUGACUGGAUGUCUUUCUUAGAGAGGAACAGAGGCAGGCAAUUGCUACACGUGCUUGCAUCUCCUGUCCAGCUACAGACAUGAUUGUUUUCCAUGUAAUGGUUUUAACAUCAUUUACAGUGUUAUAUUUUCAUCACUGUAAAAAAAAAAAAAAACAACAAAAAUCUCAGGGUUUGGAAGGGACUUCUGGAGAUCACCUACUCCAACCACCUGAUAAAGUUUGUUUGUCUCAUCAGUAAACUUGCUCAAUCCCUUUA